GGCAUUAUAACACAUUGAAUGGAUUACAUGGAAUAGGCAUUGCACUCAUUGGCGCAUGGUAGUAGUGUACUUCCGCGAACAGCCAUGUAUUGGUUGGCGAGCUCACGUGUGCUCUUGGUAUAGUGCGCAAGCGCAUAACUUUGAUUAGGGUGACAGCCAGGAGGUCACCGGGAAGAUGGCGCUGUCUGGCGGGCCGGCAGGCGGGGUGUUUAGGCUACUUGUAAGAUGUUUCUUGCGAGCAGAACAUAGUCUACUGCGAGCUCUGGGAGUACAGCCUGUACAUCCAGCUCUAGCUUUCCAAGCUCCACUGUCUUGUCCAUCUGAGAAGUUAGAUGAAGAUGCCUUUGAAAAUGUGCCCAGUUUUCUGGAUAGCAUCUUUUGGAUGGCUGCUCCUAAAUCCCGAAGAACUAUAGAAGUAAAUCGCUGCCGAAGAAGAAAUCCUAAUAAACUUAUAAAAGAGAAGAAUAACAUUGACACAUGUCCAGAAUGUGGCCAUUUGAAACUGAAACAUGUUCUGUGUGGAUUCUGCUAUGAGAGAGUUCGCCAUGAAACGCACCUUAUCAGGAAGGAGAUACAAGCUAUGGAAGGAGGACCUUUCAGAGCUCCUACUGUGGAAACUGUAGUUCUCUAUGAAGGGGAAAAGCAACAUCCUGAAGAUGAGGGGAAGAGGAUCAUUGAGCGAAAACGCAAACGUCCAUCCUGGUUCUCCUAUUGAUACAUAUGGACUGCCUUGUAUUCAUUCAAACUUGACAAUAUAUAGUUAGCUUUUGGAUACCCAGGCCUCUUACAUGGACAUAUGCUUUGUUUGGCUACUGUUAUAACAUUAGCCUUUAGUGCUACUUUAUUAAAACUAUACCUAUAACUGUUUUGUAAAUAUGUUGUUGGCUGACUUUAUACAAUACUAAGGUAAAU